CCUGAAGGCCGGGGUGGUGGUGGAAGAGGACGCGGUGCUGGUUGAGGUGGUGGUGGAAGAGGGCGUGGUGGAGGUCGCGGUGGUGGCUGUGGAGGUGGAAUGAAGGGAGGAAGCAAAGUAGUGGUUCAGCCGCAUAGGCAUGAUGGAGUCUUCGUUGCCAAGGGGAAGGAAGAUGCCCUUUGUACCAAGAACAUGGUUGUCGGUGAAUCCGUUUAUGGUGAGAAGCGCGUUGCUGUGCAGGGGGUUCAGGGCUAGUUGCAGCUGCUACUGGUACAAAUGGGCAAAUCAAGUAACAAUUCUUUUCAAAUCCAUGUUGGCGGCCAAAAUCCACAUCCGAAGAGCUAUUGAGGCUGAGGGAAUACCUUAUACCUUUGCAUGCUCAAACUACUUUGCAGGAUAUUCAAUUCCAACUCUUGCUCAAUCAGAUUCAUUUGCUCCUCCUCCUAAAGACAAACUCACCAUCUUUGGUGAUGGCAAUGUCAAAGCAAUUUUUGUGAAUGAAGAUGACAUCGGAACAUACACCAUUAAAGCUGUGGAUGAUCCAAGAACACUAAACAAGAUUUUGCACGUAAGGCCUGAGAGUAACAUCUACACUCACAAUGAGCUUAUAACUUUGUACGAGCAGAAGAGUGGGAAAACCUUUGAACGAAUUUACCUCACAGAGGAGGAGGUCUUAAAGAAGAUAAAAGAGGCUAGUUGCAGCUGCUACUGGUACAAAUGGGCAAAUCAAGGUUAUAUAAGCACUCUUUUACUUGUUGCUUGUUCCUAGUGAGUACAGGUUCCUAGUGAAAUUGGCGAUUGAGGCUGAUAGGUUCCUAGUGAGUAUUUGACAUUGAGGCACAAGUUUUUGGAAACAAAUAGAGAAUAUAAAGUCUUUGACUGAGAAGUUUCAUGUUUUGUAAUCAAAUGUUGAUGUUGUUUGAAUAUUAGUUCGGUACGAUA